GAAGACGCACGCACCGGAAAUGAUUCUUCAGUCAUUGCUUGCGGUCAACCCGUCUAACGAGACUUAAUAGCUGAAUGAGAUCGCAGUGUUUUGUUAGAUACAAUGGCUCCCUCCCUGUAUGCUGGUUAAGAUGUUAAUAACCCUGUGCUACGUCUACAUGUGGGUGCGGUUUCACAAGUGCUACUCGGUCCUGAUCCGCAACAGUCUUUCCAGACUAAAGGGCAGCAGUUUCAGCUUCAGCGUGUGCUCCAGCUCGGCCUCAGCUGAAACCACAGCAACGCCAACUGGAUGCCAAACAGAUGCACGGCAGUACCUCGGCUCACUUCCACCCGAGGACAUCGUCUUCCUUCAGCUGGGAGACAAGGCUGUCUAUCUCACGGAUCCUCAGGCAUGUGAUGACCUCAGCAAAUGGACUGUGCUGUUGGGGUCCUCUCUGGUUCGUGGUCCACAAAUAGAGAAUAUUUCAUUCAUCAUAGAAGCUACAGGAUACAAAGUGGGCUGCCAUUCUCGCCACACAUCGAAUAAGAAAGUGCUGAAGUGGUCCGAUUAUUGUCUUCCUUUGGCCUGCAGCCCUUGCCAGCCCUUCAGGGUGGUGGCUCAGACCACUGUCGAUAACUUCAGUCAGCUGGGAGUUGCUUUUCUAGAAGAUUGCCUUCAGCUAGAAGAUGGACUUAUGCCUUCGAAGAUAGUCCCUGUUGUCCUCCAAGAAUCUACUCUCAGUGAGCUGUUGGAGAAACAAUAUCCACAGAGCUCAAAGACUGUGACAUCACAAUGGCUCAAAGAGGGCGUUGUUGAACCUUUACCCUGUAACCUGUUAGCUGACCACCGGCACACACAGAGCCAUAAAGGCAGCCUUCUCCUCACCCCACAGGCAAAGAGGAGGACUGAGGACCGAAGAGGAUCAGAGCCCCUCCAUGGUACCCAGGAUAAAAGACUGAUUGGUGACUGUGAGGAUCAUUCCUUGGGGAAUCAUCAUCAUAUGGAGAGCCAUGGACACCACCUCCACUUGUCCAGCUGCAAUGAAUGUUUGGAGAUGGAAAACAGCACCAUCCUCUCUGUUAAAUAUGCCUCAGCUGAAAACAUUCCAGACCUUCCUGAUGAUAACUCAGUUGAGCUAGAUAGUGAAGCUAAGACUUUGGAUGAACAUCAGCAAGACACCGGAGGCUUUUUUAGUCAAAUUGGUGGUUUUGACUGUAAUAACAAACCACCAAAUGUUCUGGUGUACACGGAUGGUUGCCAGGAGCGUUUUCAAACUGUUUGCCAAGUUUUAUCAGAGUGUAUCAACAUGGAAAACCAUGUAAUAUAUCAUCUCCAACCACAGCAGGCCCUGAGCCAUCCAUGGCUGGAAAACACCAUGCUCCUGGUAGUGGCUGAAGAGGAAGCCCUGACCCCCCAACUUCAGACCUGCUUUCUCACCUACCUGAGCCAGGGUGGCAGGGUCUUGGGGCUUGCAUCUACCCUGUGCCCUGCAGGCCUUUGUCUGGAAGUCAGGGAGAGGCAAAGAAAGGUCAGCAGGCUGAACUUCAUAAAGGAAGACAGCACAGAGCAGGAACUGAGUGUGUUGGCGAGUGGAAAAUUCUAUGUCAGGGAUACUCAGGGAGGAGGGGAAGUGGAGCUUUGGGGAGAGCUGAAAGGCGAGGUCCCUCAUCAGAGGGAUAUGGUAAUCGUCAGAAUAACCCAUGACCAAGAUGGUGGGCAAGCUGUCCUUUGUCAGGUCCACCUGGAAAUUGCACCUGAGAAUUUUUCGACUGAAGGUUUUGAUGAACUGAAGGUCAGCAAUGCACUGCGUUAUGAAGUCUUGACAGAAAUCCUCAUAUCUUUGGGACUCAGCUGUGAACUAAACCAUGAUCUGACUCCAACCCCAGUCCACUUGCUGGCCAUCUCUCUGGAGGAAAAGGCCUACUUCCUGAAGUGGCUGGAGACACAAGCAGAUCAAAAUGGCUGCCUCACAUUGUCCAAGCAGGCCCUGAGAAUGGUAUCCUGCUCUGAGCUGCAGGAUGGUUAUUUGUUGCGUGAGGGUUCUCUGGACCUGGUGACUGACUCGUCCGAGUCUCAGAGCUGGGCAGAGUUCAGAAUGGAGACCUACAGAAAAAACCUACAGACCAGUCUACUCGGGCACACCCUGUUGUACACUGAGAUGGUAUCGUCCACGAUGGACCUGUUAGAAGGGUUAACUCUACGUUUACCAAAAGAUGUGGGUUUAAUAGCAGUAGCUGGUCGACAAAGCCAGGGAAGAGGUCGUGGCAAGAACACCUGGCUCAGCCCUCUGGGAUGUGCUAUGUUCACUCUAAAGAUUCAAGUUGAGCUGAGCUCCAGGCUCGGGCAAAGGAUUCCCUUCCUCCAGCACCUAGCUGCUCUGGCAGUGGUGGAGGCUGUUCGCACAUUGCCUGGAUACCAGGACAUAGACCUGCGAGUGAAAUGGCCCAAUGACAUCUACUAUAGUAACCUGAUGAAGCUUGGGGGAGUACUGGUGACUUCCACUGUUAUAGGAUCGACUUUUCAUCUGCUCAUAGGCUGUGGGUUCAAUGUGACAAACAGCAAUCCAACUGUCUGCAUCAAUGACCUGAUCCAGCAGUACAACACACAGUAUAACUGCAGUCUGGAACCGCUCAGCUGCGCACAACUCAUUGCUCGCACUGUCAGCUGUCUAGAGGUCCUCAUCAGCAGCUUUCAACAUGGAGGCCCGGAUGCAAUCCUGCCCAUAUACUAUAAGAGAUGGCUUCACAGUGGGACCAAGGUACAUCUUUGGAGUGAGGAUGGAAUGGAAGCUCUGGUGUUGGGACUGGACCACAAUGGCUUCCUCCAAGUGCAAAGUGAGGAGUAUGGCGUGGUCUCAGUGGAGCCUGAUGGAAACUCCUUUGACAUGCUGAAGAACUUGGUGGUCAUCAAACAGCGCUAAGACUAAACGGAACCAACUACAGAAAAUUCUUUUUUUUUCACUUAAAUAUAUGUAUCAAUUUUUUUUCAAAUUGAUUAAUAUGUUACUACUUUAGAGUAGAAUUUUGGUUACUUUUGAAUCCUUAUGCUCACCUGACAUACAUUUGAACUUGCUGUUAUUAUUUACUGAAAUAUUUUGGAGGAUGUACAUUCAUGAUCCAUGCAGCUUCAUAAAAUGGUAUUAUGAGCCAGUGGUUAAGGACCAACUUGUACUACUCUCUGGGAACAGUUAAGCUUGUGUCCAUCAUCUAAAUAUAUAAUCUGAUGAACAAUGAUAAUUGUGGCUUUUACUGUUGCUAAUUUGAACAAAAUAAAUAGUCCCACAGAAAUAUAUUGCACAAUUCUUAAAAAUUACAUUUUUUUAUUCACUUACCUCAUCACAGUAGAUCACACUUCAUAACAUAGGGGUUGAGGGAGAGCAGAAGGAAGGAAAGCAUAGCACAAUAGAGUUUCAUUUAGGGAUGUACUGUAAUACAAACAGAUUUCAAGUGAUAAAUUCUUAGGGUAAGAGUGGGAUUAAGGAUAUAUUUUGGUACAGCUGUUUUAUUUGUCCUCAGCAUCUUUAGCAAAUCAACAAUUAAUUAAAGCUUAACAAACAUUAAUUCAAGUGAAAGGUA